UACUCGUGAACUAUAAAUACAAACAUCCAACACAUCAUCAACAUCAGUCAACGGUGGAUUUUCUUUUUGGCGACAACAUCGAACUUGAGUUGUUUAAAAAUGAAGGUUUUCAUCGCAAUCAUCGCCCUGACCCUUGCAGUGGCUUCUCAAGCAUCGUACAUUCCGGAGGCGGCUCCCUACUCAACCUGGCCGGUUAGCACUUCGGUUUGGCCACCAAACGGUCUCUACGGAAAAGGACUUAACAACGGCUGGGCGUACGCUGACACUGGCAACUGGAACUCAUACCCUAGCAUCAACUCGUGGUCCCCUUCUGCUUGGUCACCGUACGGAUAUAAUAAUGGCCUCUAUGGACGUAAGACUGUUGUGGAACCGAACGUAGCUAAGUCGGCGUAUCCAUGGGGCCUGCCAUGGGGAACCUAUGGUACACCAAAACCUCCAUUUAGGUAAUGGGUCGGGACUGC